GCUGAGUCGUGGAUGUGCUCUCUCUCUCUCACAUCUGCUGGAUGACGAAGCAGAUCAUGUGACGUAAAGGAUUUGCUGUCUCACACAUAAACAGGAGUGGCGCCUUGUAAUUUUAGUAUCCAAAUCCACUAAUUAUGGAAUGCCGACCUUGAAGGCUGUUCCUUGGUCUCCCACGAGAGCUUUUCGCCUCCACUCAUGGCUCGGAUGUCGAGGGUCUAACAACUUCUUCAACAGGAUCCCAGAGGCUCAGACAUACUGAAGAAAGCGCAGGAUCUCCCAGCAGUGGAAAGAAUGUUGAGGAUACUGGCGGGCUUUCUGGCGCUGGCCACUGCCUUGGGGGCUUCACUACCGGACGCCCCAGAGACCUGGGAGGUUCAGCUCGGCGAAGGAGCGGUCCAAGGGACCAGGGAGAGCGUUGGGGAGUCCCGCUUCUUCUACUCCUUCAGGGGGAUACCUUACGGGGCUCCUCCCGUGGGAGAACUCCGAUUCAAGGACCCCGAACCGCCAGUGUCAUGGAGCGGAACGAGGAAGCCUUUCACUCCUCCUCCAUGUCCGCAAGUUGGUAUUGAAGCCUUCUUUCAGAACAAGCUUGAGAUCACUGGAGAAGAAGACUGCCUCUAUCUCCACGUCUACACGCCUCAGCCGGAGGACGAAGCCGAAAUGCCGGUGAUGGUGUUCAUCCAUGGAGGAGGUUUCGUCUUGGGCGAUGCUGAUAACGUGGGAGGAACCCCAAAGCCUCUGAUGAAGAAGGACAUUGUUCUUGUUACCAUCCAGUACCGCCUAGGGACAUUAGGAUUCCUGUCAACUGGUGAUGCUGUACUACCUGGAAAUUUAGGACUCAAAGACCAGACGGCAGCCCUUGAAUGGGUCCAAGAGAACAUCCAGAGAUUCGGGGGUGACCCCAAUCGAGUAACUAUCUUCGGGGAAAGCGCAGGUUCAGCUUCCGUCCAUUAUCAUAUCCUCACUCCUCACUCCAAAGGUUUAUUCCAUCGAGCCAUUAUGCAGUCUGGCACAGCCCUCAAUUCGUGGGCUGUUCGUGACGACCACGCAGAGCGUGCUCUGGCCAUGGCCAAGAGUUUCAAGUGUCCAGGAUCAGAUGAUUCCUCACCAGACAGCGACCAGCUCCUUCAGUGCUUCAUGGAGAAAUCGCCUCAUGAACUGGUCAUGGGAUCAUUAUUAGACACUACACUGUUCUUGCCAUUCUACAUGGUACCUCGCGUUGACGGCGAAUAUUUGCCUGCUCAUCCAGCGGAAAUUGUGAGGGAGGGAAUAUACAACUCCGUGGACAUCAUGGCUGGAGUUUGCCAGAAUGAAGGUGCCAGCUUUCUCUUGAUGUCUUUUGGGAACGAGACCAUAGCAGCGAACUUCCUCGACAACUUCGAGACGACAGGACCCAACUUGCUCUUCCUGGAUAAUCAGGACAACAAGCUGUAUCUCACUCGCCGAGCCUUCUUCCAUUACGUGGGCGCCAUCGAACUCUCGCGCAAAAAUGAGGAUAAAUUAGAGAGGCUUGUGUCAGACUUUUUGUUGAAUGCGGCACACGACGAAACGACUAUGCAACAUGCACGUGACGUUGCAUUUGGCCGGAAGACCUACAGGUACGAGCUACAGCAACCGGGCGUCAGUCUCCUACCAGGAUUUCUACAAAUUUUCACUGGACAACUUGGAUUGCUGAAAAAUAAGACAGUCCUUAAAUUUUGGGUGAUUUAUCUCUCAUUCUCCUCUUCAGGGGUGUCACAUGCAGAUGACCUGAUUUACCUGUUCGAUUCCCUAUAUGGCGUUGGUGCUCUUAACCGCACAGAAGACCUCUUCUUACGAGAUAUUAUGGUGGAUCUUUGGACCAACUUUGCUAAAACUGGGAAUCCAACGCCAAACAUGGACCUGGGUUUCAAAUGGGAAGCCAUGAAAUCAACAGAAGAUUUGCGCUUCUUAUCACUGACUCCAUCUCCUACCAUGAAGGAAGACAAUCGGGCUGAGAGACGCAAGUUUUGGAGGGAUUUGCCCCUGAAGCAGAACAAACAUCUAUUUCCAGAGAAGUUCCUCUGAACUGUUAAGCUACAGAUGAUAUAGUGUUUGGUGUAGAAUUCCCCAAGGAAGAGUUGUGGGAAUACCUCAAAUUGCAUAAGUGUCACUACCUUAAAUUUCGUCUUUGAUUAUCUGAAAUAAAAUUAUAUUUGUU